GUGUGAGAUUCGUUGUGGUAACUCGUUAUUCCACUACAAAUUAUCGUAACUUCAACAGCACAUCGGGAACGUAGCCGAAAAUGAUUCGAGCAGAUCCGCUUCACUUUAUUUGUUUUAUUCUAGUCAGUUCUCUCGGCCUUCUGCAACAAGUUGCAAGCCAGACAGCGCUCCAAUCUGAUCGAGAGAUCUACGAAUCAUUCACCUGUGAAUGGAAAACCAAAACUUUAACCUGCCCCGAUGGACAAGGCAUUUUAAUUGAUUUUGCCAACUACGGGCGUACAACCCACCCAGUUUGCGUGAUGGACCCGGUGCGUGACGCACCCAAUAAUUGUAGCACCCCGAAUCACACGAACUUAGUCGCGUCAUUCUGUAAUGGUAUGUCGAAUUGCGUCGUCCCCGCUACCAAUGAAUUUUUUGGUGACCCAUGUCGUACCAUUGUCAAAUAUUUGCAAAUCAACUACCACUGCGAGACUUUGAUCCCAUCUGCGAUCAAAGAAUCGUUUACUUGCGAGUGGCAAUCCAAAACGUUGACUUGCCCCAGCGGCCAAAUCAUCAUCGUCGAUUACGCCAACUACGGCCGUACAACCCACCCAGUUUGCGUGAUGGACCCGGUGCGUGACGGACCCAAUACUUGUGGCAACCCGUCUCACACGAGCGUCGUCGCGUCAUUAUGCAUCGGCCAGUCGAAUUGCGUUGUCCCCGCUACCAAUUUUGUUUUUGGUGACCCAUGUCCUACCAUUGUCAAAUAUUUGCAAAUCCAAUAUCACUGUGCUUGAAUUUGAAAGGAAAUGGAACGGCUUAUUAUAGUGAAAACUAUACAAGGGAAUUUUAUUAGGAUAUUGGUGGAAAUAAACGCCAUAGAUAUUUGGUUUGUUAGUGACACAUCAAUCUGUCGUAAAAUGAAAUAUUUUUUGAUCUUGAAACAGUUGCGGUCCAUUUCUGUCGGGUAGGAUGGUCGCACCAAACAGAUACGGAAGUCACAGCAUAUGAAAAGGAAAAGUUAUGGACUCGCUAUCCCU